AUGAACAGUUUCUUUCCCAGUUUUAGAAGUGUUCAGGUGAGGAACCUGCAGCAUGUAGUGAAAGAUGCUGAGGUGCAAAUGGGUGAGCUCUGCUGCCUGCUGGCUUCUUACACCAGAGCGACCGCCAAGCUCCGUGACAAGGCGGACAGGCUGGUGGCUCAGCUCUUUGACAUUUCAAACACAGAAAACGCUGAGAUCCAGGUGGGCCUGAAAACCCUCGCGGAUGACCUUGCCAUGGUGCAGGACUACCGGCAAGCAGAGAUCGAGAGACUGGAGACAAAAGUUGUUGCUCCAUUAAAAGCAUAUGGCGCCAUUAUUAAAAGUAAAAAGGCUGAAAUGAAAAGGUUCAACACUGAUCUUAACAGAGAGCUGAAGGAAUUACAGAAACUGGAGAAUAUCCGGCUGAGGAACCCGGCAGACAGACAGACCAUUUCCAAGGCACAAGUGAAUGCCAGGAAAGCUUCCAGCAAUGCAAAGCACAGCAUAAGAAACAUGGAGGAAAGCAUCCUGGGCUUCCAAGACCAGAAGUUACAGGACAUCAAAAUGAUUUUCAUGGAAUUCAUCAGAGUGGAGAUGCUUUUUCAUGCUAAAGCACUGGAGGUCUAUUCACACACAUACCACAACUUGGAAGUAAUGAACACUGGCACUGGAACGCACCAUCAGGAGAAAAGGGUGGCGUGCCAUCUCCAGAUCGGGGAUGAGAGCCUGCCCCAAGUGGAGGAGAACUCUUUCAGCCUUCUUAAUGAAAGGACAUUGAACACAUUUGCUGGCCAUGUGGACAUUGCUUUGAGCAGACAUUCUUCAUUUCUCAGCCACUAUUCCAGUCCUCUGGAGUCCCCAACAGGCCAAAGCAUCCGACGUCAUUACCAUUAG